CGUAGCAAACAAACAACUUCGGGACCGCACAAGCACAGUCUCUCACUUGUACUAUAUAGAGGAGCACUCAUUAGUAUACUGCGUCCUAUAUAGCUCCGAUCAACUGUUAAUCCGUACACGUCAAGCCGACUGCUAGCAAGAUGAAUACGGAUACCGACUCACGCCUGUGCCCUACUUGGGUCUUUCUGAGCAAUGCCAACAUACACAUUGCGAAGGAUCGAGGCUGGUUCAAGACGUACACACCCUUCACAUCUAUAGUUGAUCCCUCGCCCUUCUUCAACCCGGGCAACUACAUUCCAGUGCUAGGAAUAGGCACCGUCGAGAUCCCCACAAAGCGCUCGCCCAAUACUUCAGGCGUGUCUUCGCACGCAUCUCUCCUUCUCCACGAAGUCCUGCACGUGCCUGAUUUUCUCUGCAACGUCAUUGGGCAACCACUUUGGUUAACAGACGGAUACAAUCCUAUAAUCAAAUCUGGUACAAAGUCUCGAGGAACUAUAAAAGAUAGUCAAGGCAAGAAUGUUGCCUAUUUCCACCCCGGAAGUCCGCUGCUUGCAAUCAAAGUGCGCUCUCCACUAGACUGGCCAAAGCUCGGUCCGCACGCUCUGAAGAAGGACGGCCUAUAUGUGCUAGGCUGUCAAUGGGAUGCUUCCGAAAAGCAAAAGUGGCGAGAAUUUCAAGCUGCUAAUGGAAUGUUCACAGCGCAAAACGUUGCACCCUACACGGCCGAGGAAACUGCGUUUCUGAAGAAGAAUUAUCGCUCUGAAUUCCACUUUCUAAUGCAGCAUGGGCUCAAAAUCUUUUCUGAUGAAGAUCGCCAAGAAGGACAGGCUAUUCUACGUGCCAUUAUGCAAGAGUCCGAGGAGGAAGAUCCCGACGACAACGAGGAUGGUUUUGACGAAUCAGAGUUCGAGGGCCACCAGGCAGACUACAACUUCACGGAACGUCAGCUUGAUUGGAUUGAAAAGAACUUCCGCAAUUCGGAGCAGUUUAUGUACUCUUAUGGACUCAAGUUUUAUAACGAUGAUGAUCUCGAGGAGGCUAAGGUGAUUGCGGAGGCUUUGAUGGAUAGCGAUGAUUGAAGAUUCUUGGAAUCGCCGCUCGAAUUUUUGGAGGGACGGAGAUUGAAGCUACAAUUUGUGUUAGCCGAAGUCUAGUUUCUCGGUUAGUACGUACGAGUCAGACAUCCAUGCCUGUCGCCUGUAACUAACUCCGCGCCACUGUCCCCUCAGCCUCAGCCGGUUUGCGUUCGUUUCUUCGUGGCUAACAGUUACCCUAUCUGAAAUCAUAUCCGU